AUGGAGUGGGAAGCCCAGGCCGGGUGUGAGAUACAGGUGGCAAGCCCAGUGGAGGAAUUGGUGGUGAUAUUGGAUGACGGAAUGGUGGCGGCUGAGGUGGUGAUCGGGGUGGAGGAAGAGGACGGGGAGGCGACCGAGGAAGAGGUGGCUGGAGAGGAGAAUUCUGAGGAAGCCUAGGCUAAAGCAGAGGACAUGCCUGAGCAGGAGGAGGUGGAGGAGGAGAGACAGCAGCUGAAGGAGAUUCCGGAGCAAGAGGAGAAGACUGAGGCAGAUGCAGAGGCGGAGGAGGGGCCCCAGCUCUCACAGGAGCUGCAGCAGCAAGAGCCAGUGCUGCGUCCUGCCUCAGCCCAGGACCCGCUGGCAGUUCUGGAGCGUCUUCAGCUGGAGAUCAGCGCUGGGAAUGCCCAAGAUUCCAGGGCCUUAUGGCGGCUGAAGCGCAGGAUUCUUCGGAGGCGCAUUUCUUACCUGGAUCACAGAAGGGCCAUCAUCAAGCACAUCCCUGGCUUCGGGGCCCAGGCGGUAUCCUUCUUUGUGCUGGUGGGUGAUGGCGGGGGCCGUAGUGCAGGAGGCCUGGGCCCUGAGAGCAGGGUGCUUCAGGGCGAUGGCCCCCAGGGAGGAGAGCUGGGCAGUGGUCCCUGGCCCUGGGUUGGUGUGUUCUGGGAUCCAAUGUAA